CAGCGAUUUCAGUUGAUUAACAACACAAUGUCUGUCAAAAUCUUGUGGUGUUUAUUUUUUUCUUUAAUAAUCUGUGGAAAGUGUAAUCUGGACAACAAAGAGCUGUUGGUGGAAAUUCCUAAUGGUGUGCUAAGAGGCAAGGACAACAAUGGUCUGUAUUACAGCUGGGAAUCAAUACCCUAUGCAGUACCUCCAGUGGGGGAUUUAAGAUUUGAGGCUCCCCAACCUUUUCGGCAGCAAUGGCAAGAUGUAUUCGAUGCUACCAAGACAGCCCCCAAUUGCAUGCAAUGGGAUCAAUUUCGCCAAGGAGAAAAUAAAGUUCGAGGCAUUGAAGACUGCCUAACGGUCAGUGUUUACAAGCCUAAAGUGCAGGGCAAAGACAAUUAUCCUGUUAUGGUUUUCAUCCAUGGUGGAAGUUUCAUGUUUGGUGGUGUUAGAAUCUAUAAUCCAGAACGUUUAAUGGCCUCUGGUAAACUGAUAUUAGUGACAAUUGCCUAUCGCUUGGGACCCUUAGGCUUUUUGAGUACUGAGGACGAGGCUAUAACCGGAAAUUUUGGCCUUAAGGACCAACAACUGGCUUUGACAUGGAUAAAGGAGAAUAUUGAAAAAUUUGGAGGAGAUCCCCAGAAAAUUCUACUCACAGGCUUCUCGGCAGGAGGAGCUUCCACCCAUUUACUUAUGCUUCAAUCUGCUGAGAAAAAUGUGGCCAAGGCUGCCAUAUCCUUCAGCGGUGUGGCUCUAAACCCCUGGGUUCUACAUAAAAAUGUACGUGAAAAGGCCAUUAAAGUGGGCUCGCUGGUAAAUUGUUAUCCCAUGGAAACCACUCAAGAUCUUAAGGAUUGUUUGAAACGCCAAAAGCCUGAGGAUAUUGUAGCCACAGUCAAAGAUUUUCACAAUAUUGGCUACAAUCCUUUUAGUGUUUUUGGACCAGUGAUCGAACACAAACAGGCACCUCAAGCCUUUUUAACACAACACCCCAGGGACAUCAUAAAGUCUGGAAAUUUCACUCAAAUACCUUGGCUGGCCUCCCAAGUCGCCGAUGAAGGUGGCUACAAUGCAGCCGAAAUGUUAAAAAUAAAUCCCAAAACAGGCAAAGAGUUCAUAUACGAAUUCAAUGAACAUUGGCCGGAGUUGUUGCCACAAAAUAUAUUCCUAGACAAUAUACGGGAGGAUUACCAAGAAUAUGCCCAGGCACUGAAGCAACGCUAUUUGGGGGAUAAACCCUUCACGGUUCAAAACUACAUGAACUUUUCCAAUCUGUUCACCGAUGUGGCAUUUAAAGAAGGAAUUCUGGAGUCAAUACAACUGCACAGUAAAUAUUCCCAGGCUCCGGUUUAUGGUUACAUUUAUGACAAUCCUGGUGUAACAGGAGUAGGCCAGCUUUUGGCCAAAAGGAAUGAUGUCUACUUUGGUACUGUUCACAUGGAUGAUUUGACUCUAUUCUUGAGCACUGGCAAUCGACAUCUAACCGAGGAUGAAGAAAUUAUAGCCAAUAAAUUUGUGGAUAUGUUGAUUGGCUUCAUCGAAACUGGAAAACUUUCAUUUGGUCAUUGCGAUUUUGUGAAUAACUCUGGCAAAAUUUCUGAAUAUAUUAAGAUAAUGUCAAUUACCAAAGAUAAGUGUGAAACGCUGGAGUAUAAGAUGUAAACUGUAAAAUUUAUUGAGAUCAAAAAUUGAUUGGUUGUUACCGAAAAGACAUACUGCUGGGAACAGAUUUUGGACCUGUAAUUAAAAUGUUAAACUUAAAAUUAUGUGUACAGAAAGGUCAAAUGUAAAGUCGGCUAAAAUAAUUACGAAACUUA